UGGUAGAACUGGAACGCCAAAGCUAACGAUAUGAGAGUACAUAGUAUAUAAAUUAUUUAAUUUUAUCUAUUACUCGGUGAAUAUCUUAAUAAAUCCAAUUUCUCAUAAUGGCUAAACCGGGCCCAGAAUCCGAAUCUGACAAAGAAAAGAAAAAAGAUAGAUCCAGGGAUAAAAAAAAACGAUCCGUAUCAGGAAGUAGCAGUAGUAGCAAGAGCAGUUCUUCUGGUAGUAGUUCGAGGUCGUCCAGUUCCUCUAGUACAUCGAGCUCCAGCUCGUCUUCCAGCAGUUCAUCUACAGGUUCUUCGUCAUCCACCAGUGAUAAUGAAAGGACUCGGCCACGAAAAAGGUCAGGAUCUCCCGUUAAAUCCAACAAAGGACGCGAAAUAAAAGAGAAAGACAAGGAUAAAAAAGAAGUCAAAGAUAAGGAAAAGGAAAGAGAUAAGGUUGACUUGAAAAAAGAAGAUAAAGAGAAGGAUAGAAGAGCACUGACUCCAACUAAAGAAAGAGAAAAAGAUAAAAAUCAUGUCCGUAAUCGAUCUAGAUCAAGAUCUCCACGCAAACGUCGUCGUCGUUCACCUACCCCACGUCCUACGAAAAUUCACAUCGGUCGUCUUACUAGAACCGUUAACAAAGAUCAUAUUUUGGAAAUUUUCGGUACUUAUGGUAACAUUAAACAUGUUGAAUUUCCAAAAGAUCACAAUCACCCGCACUUGGGACGAAUGUAUUGUUAUGUGGAAUACACCACAGCUGACGAAGCUGAAAAUGCCAUGAAACAUAUGGACGGAGGACAAAUAGAUGGACAGGAAAUUACUGCAGCUCCAGUAUUGAUCCCUAAACCGAGACCCAUACCCCAAAGAAGAUCUCCUCCAGCUCCCAUAAGGAGACCACCAAUGCAUAGAAGAACGCCUCCAAGAUUUAGAAGGAGACCAUCUCCUAGACCUAUAAGGAGAUCACCGAGACGAAGACAUACUAGGAGUCCACCACCUCGAAGAAGAAAACAUUCGAGGUCCAGUUCCAGUAGUUCAUGAACAAAUUGGAUAUGUAUAUUUUAAAGUUAUAUUCAAAAUUUUUUUUUGUAAGAAUUAAUCUAAAAUAAGUCCAAUAUGACAUUGAGAGACAUUUUUGAUAUUCUAAUAAAUCAGUGCUAUGUAAUUUGUAACACUUUCACUUGAAAAAAAUUAUGGUUUGAUCAAU